AUGUCGAACAAGACCCCACCUCAAGAAGAUAGUUGGGCAUGGGUGAAGAUUGGAGAUCCUUUCCCCGACAAUCCAGUCAAGGUACUCGGCCAACAAAACAUGUACGUCGCGCUGUGGUACAAGCACGGAAAGGUAUGGUAUUUUUGAAAAUACUCAUUUUAUGGAUUUUUAUAAGUUUUUUUAAACGUAUAGAGCAUAACAUGUUUUUAAUACCUAAAUCGUUGAAAAAAUAGAUGAAACUAGUCUCAUUUUGAAAACACGUAAAAUUUGCCGUUUCAGCCCAUCCACGGUCGUGCCUGGAACAACGGUGGAGUCGUCGAAUGUUCGUUCCCCUUCUCCAAGGUCGAGUUGACCGGUGCUCGUGACCUGGGUGGCCAAAUCCAAGUACUCCAAUACAAGGGUAACCACGUCGAACUCGGCUACUGGUACAACUGGAUCAAGUACAGCGAAAGAGUGGACAAGUUCGCCCAAACCGCCAACUACGAGCCGGUCAGAUGUGGUGCAUCGUUCCCUCUAUUGUGGGCCGACCGUAAGGAAGGCGCCCUCCUCGGGUACGUCGACAACACCACCGAGAUUGCCAACUUCUCCCACGACAAGAUCAACGAGACCAAGAAGGGCAACGAUCUCUCCAACAUGAUGAUGAUCAUCCGCGAGUUGAAGGGAGGCCCACCAACUUGUGACUGCGCUGCUUGCCCCAAGGGAACUCGACCGGUCGUUCGUGUCAUGUUGAACGAAUGGGCCGAUUUCCGUGCCGGCGAUCCAUUCCCUCCAGCCAAGUGUGUCAGAGCCCUGAACAAGUCGUUGGAUACUCUUCCUGGAGAAAGCCCAGACCAAUACAUUGCUCUGUGGUAUCAACAAGGAGAGGUGAGUCAAUAAGAUUUGAAAUUACCAUAAAGUAAAACUUGGUUGUAUCAUUUUUCAAUCAGGCUGUUUCAUCAAUAAUUUGUUUAGUUAUUUUGGUUUUUUUAUUAUUUCCAUUUCAGCCUGUCAUGGGUCGUGUUUGGAACGACAAGGGCAAGAUUGCCGCCAACUUCUCAUGGGGAGGACACGAGUACAAGACCAACAUUGGUUCUCUUCAAGUAGGUUUUCAAUCAAUUUUUUCCGUCCAAGAUGGUUGAUUAGAUUUUUAACUUGAGUAAACGCUAAAAUAAACCUUAAAUUUAACUUAUCAUCUUCCAGGUCCUGUUCGAGAUGCCCGAGCACGUCCGAGGUUUCGACUACGGCUGGCGACCAUUCCCAGAAGCCGCCAAGUUUGGUGAGAAGGAAUGGCACCCAGUCCACAUCAACUUCUACAAAGGCGACAUCAGUCCGGGUGUGAUCCAACAUCAAGGCAAGGAGAUUCUCGGCAAGGUCGACAUCAAGAACGAGAGAGCCUGCUUCGGCUACGGAGGCGCUGAAGUCGCCAUCGUUGGAAGUGCUGUCCAUUCGACCAAAGUCUUGUGCAGAAAGGCCAAGCCUGGUUGCAAAUUCGAUUGA